CCAUGCUUCCAGUGUCUAUGCCAGUUAUAUACUUUACAUUUAUUUAUUCUAUUGAAAUGUAGUAUCACCGCCUGAUAUGGCAGAAAGAAUAUUGAGAAGAGAAUUGGAAGAAGAAAUCAAGAAUGAGAAGUAUAUACGUGAAAUCUUCAGAAGAAAGAGCAUGUCAAUCCAUCAGCACAUCAAGAUAGUGUGAGCAGUGGUGAACAACUUGCUCUAAGGUUGUCAUCAAAUGAUACAAUGAUGGAUGACACAAAAGAAAAUGAAGUUGACUGGCAAGAAAAGAAGGAAAAGACGCCAAGAGGUUUGAGAACGCCAAUCAACUGUAUAUCUUCUGUGUUUUGUGACUUCAUACUUGCUACAAAAGUGUCCUUACGUGUGCUCUUCUUUUGUGUGCUUAUUUUCAUUUGUUUGGGUGCAGUAGCAAUAAAGUGUGAAAAAGAUGUUGUGCUACAAGACGUUGUGCUAGAAGACAUAGUCAAAAUGUGGAAAACAGCCACAACAGAUGAUGCUCCAUCCAAUCAUCCAGAAAUGAGAAAUGCUGGGCCAACUACUUUGCGAUUGGCUUGGAGUCAUGAUGUUGUACCAUCGAUGGUGGACACAAUACAGCGGCACGUAUCCAGGAGAGGAUUUAAGCACAAGAGCAAAAAAUGUAACCAGUCACUGUCAAUAGACAUAAUACAGUUAUGAUAUUGGUUGUGUUGAUGAGGCAGCUGCUAGUGAUAACGAUGUCUCUCCAUGUCUGUCUUAUGAUGAACAAAGAGAGAACAAAAGUUUCAGUGGACUGAUUACAAAGAACUCCAAAAGCCACAAAGAAAAUGAACAGAAGGAAUAACAUUGCCAAAGAUUGACAAACUUGUGGAAACGGCAAAGACCAUCGGUUGCUCCAGAAAAAAACUGCCGAUACAUUGGUAGUAUACCGGUGUUUCUCUCUGUUUCCUCUGUCAGUCAUCAAUGUGCAUUCUGGUUAAUUCGUUUCAUUGCAUGCAAGCUACACAUUAUCGAUGCGUAAGCUUCAUAAAUGAUUUAUCUAUGUUGCUUAUCUCCUCUUCUAUUUGUAGAAACCAAAGAAAACAUGAUAAAGAGAAAGAAAUAGUUGAAUCAACAGCCACUCAUCGUGAUGUUGAUGAUGUAGAAGCUGUUGACAUUGACGAUAAACAACGACAAGUGACAUACCAUGAUAGCAUUUCAAUCACCCCAGCCUCUCCUAAACUUGUUGUACCACCACACUGUUGCAGCAGACGGUAUG